GGGAAGAGCAGAUCACAGCAAGGUAGAGAAAAGAGAGUGCGCAGAAUUAAGCUCUUUCUUCCAAUUUGGUAGCUUGCGAGUGAAGAAGCUGAGGCGCAGUUUCAGAGGAGAUAUUCGGGAACAUGCAAGGUACAUGCUGACCAGAGGAAAUAUGUUGACACUGCCAUUCGAGGAACCUCAUAUAAUGUGUGAGCCGCGGUUUGGUGCCAAUUAUCCCCGUGAAAGCUUACCUGAGAGCCUGGAGCAGGAGCGACAACAUAACCCUGACAGAUCCAACUCAGACAUGAGGGAGAUCGAGGACGACAUCUCCGACAGAGAUGAGGACGAGAGAGAGGACGAUCAGGAUGAAAACGGGCUUCCUAAAAAGCGAGGCCCCCGAAAAAAGAAACCGGGCAAAGAGCAGGUUGACAGGGCCAAACUCAGGCGCCAGGAAGCCAACGCCCGAGAGCGCAGCCGGAUGCACGGCUUGAACGCUGCGCUAGAGAGCCUGCGCAAAGUUGUGCCGUGCUACUCCAAAACUCAGAAACUGUCCAAGAUUGAGACCCUCAGACUGGCUAAAAACUACAUCUGGGCCCUGUCAGAGACUCUUAGCGCAGGGAAGAGACCGGACCUCCUCGCCUUCGUACAGACUUUGUGUAAAGGAUUAUCUCAACCAACGACCAAUUUGGUGGCAGGUUGUUUACAGCUGAACGCGAGAAACUUCCUCACAGACCACAACGGAGAGGUGAUGUUCUCUGGGAGGGCGCCCUACGAUGCCAUGUACCCGUAUCCUGGAUCAGACAUGAACACACCCCCCGGCCACAGCGGGAGCAGCUUGGACAGUAGCGCCAAGCCGUUCCGUCACUACAGCUACAGCAGCGCCUACGAACCCUACUACGAGAACCAGUCCCCGGAGAGCGGGAGCCCGCAUUUCGACGGCCAGCUGAGCCCACCAAUGAACUUUAACGGGAUUUUCUCCCUAAAACACGACGACCCGCCAGAGUACGGCAAAAAUAGCCACUAUGGCAUGCGCUACUGCGGUGCGCCAGGGCGCACGGCUCUUGCGCAUAACUCCAUGUACCGAGUCUCCCCAGAGGCCCGUUUCCCUUACGAUCUGCACGUCCGCAGCCAGUCCUUCCAAGCACAAGGAGAAGUUAAUGGCUCUUUCCACAAUUAAUCAAUCAGCUGGACAAAGUUCAAGCUUGAGAAGCGAUGCAAUUUCCCCCCACAGAUGUCGUGAGUGGAAUGAAAUUGACUCAGACAGGCUGAUGCACUGCAAAAAUGCCAACUGAAACAAGUCAUUUUUUGUGUGUUUUGAAAGAUGAUACGAAGCCAGAAUUUCAGAUGAAAGGGAUUCACAAGUUUCUUGUUGUUGUUCAGUUUCAUUCGUCUCAAUAUAAACU